CAAUUUUAAUACUUGCGCAUUCUUCUAACCGAAAAUCAAAGGCGUGGCACUUGUUCUAACGCUCUGUCGCUUGCAAGUAAAACGUUCCGUCCAUGCUUUGGUUACGCCAAGUUCGGUGAAAAUGGACAAAGGCCGCAGCAGAUUGCCACAAACUACGCCCAAUUAGCCGCCACCACCCCCACAAACCGAAAGGAAAAAGCAGCAGCAAAAGUUUGCGCAUUUUUUUCUGGCAGUGUAAAUAUUUGCGCAGUUUUUUUUAACAAAAGGCCACAUAAUAAACAACAAUAGGCAUAGUCCAAGCAGCGUAUUAGCAACAAAAGUCCAUUAACAAACAUAGAGUGAGAGAGAUAGAGAGCGAGAGCAGCUGCAGCAGCAUCUGGGGCAUCGACUAUAAAAAGUUUGUGCCACACAUAAAUGACCGAAUCCACUCAGCUGCAAACGGCGGAGAAUAACAACGCGGGCGUGGUCAAAAUGGAGCCACCGCCACCGGUGACCUCCCACACAUUGGCCGCUGCCGCUGCCGCAGCCGCUGCGACCGCUACAGCUGCUGCUGGCGCCAACGCGGCGCUCUCACCAGCAACACCACCCCAGCAAUCGCUACAACAACAGCAACAACAACAACAUUAUGCGCUUAAGUGGAAUGAUUUCCAAAGCUCGAUACUCAAUUCGUUUCGUCACCUGCGCGAUGAGGAGGAUUUCGUUGAUGUGACGCUCGCCUGCGAUGAGCGCUCAUUCACCGCCCACAAGGUCGUCCUCAGCGCCUGCAGUCCCUACUUUCGCAAACUGCUCAAGGCCAAUCCCUGCGAGCAUCCCAUUGUCAUAUUGCGCGACGUGCGCUGCGAGGACGUCGAGAAUUUGCUAAGCUUCAUGUACAAUGGCGAGGUGAACGUCAGUCAUGAGCAGUUGCCGGACUUUCUGAAGACCGCACAUCUGCUGCAGAUACGCGGCCUGGCGGAUGUUAACGGUGGCUAUCCGUAUGCCAAGGCGCUUUCCGCUGCUUUGAGCCACAACAACAACAACAAUAGCAACAAUAACAACAAUGCUGAUAGCAGCAAUCACAAUAAAAUUAGCAGCUAUUUGCCCACAGCGCUUCAAAGCAGCCACAACAACAACAACAGCAGCAACAAUAGUAAUAACAACAACAACAGCAGUAACAACAGCAGCAACCACAGUCAGAAUUCAACGUUUAGCACACCACAAACACCAGCGGCAAUGCCUGUGUCCAGUGCAGCCGAAGCCGCCCCGCAGCUGCCACGCCAUUCAUUGACCGCUGCGGUUGCCGCUGCUGCCGCUGCCAACAGCAACAGCCAGUUGCAGACACAGCAGCAGCAGCAGCUGCAGAGCAGCAGUGGCAGCAGCAAUAGCGGCACGCCCGCCAUACAGGAGCUGAAGGCAUCCUCAGCUGCGUCGCCCGUAAGCAACUCACAAGCAAAUGCAAGCAAAGCCAGCAAUCAUUGGGAUCUGAGCGAGCUGGAGGGCAAUCGCAAGUCGCACUUGACGCCGCCGCCACAGAAGCGCAUCAAGAGCGCGGAUUUGUUCCGUGCUCAGCAUGGCAUCAGUCCCGAGCGUCUGCUGCUCGAUCGUGAGUUUCCCGUUGCCGGACAGCAUCCAUUGACACGCAAUCGCAGUCGUGACACCUCCAAGGAUCGCGAUCGCAGCUUGGAGUUGCGUGAAUCGCUCUUGGGACAAGCUUUGGAGAACAGCAAUGGACAACAAGCCAAUCAGAAACACGAUCUCGGCCAAAGCGCUGGGGAAGACUCGAACAGCAGCGAUACGGAACCUUCGGAUCGUGGUGAUGGUCAUCACGAUGGCACCUUGGAUGGCAUGGAUAAUCGUUCGCACUCCUUUCCCAAUGCAUUCCUUGGACUGCAGGGCAUACCUGGUCUGUUACCUGGCCCAUCGGGUCUAACUGGCAAUGAUUUUGGCAACUUUUUGGCUACGCCCAACAUAAAACAGGAGGCAAUCGAAAUCGAUGAGCAGCAGCAGCAGCAGCCGCAGCAGGCGCAUGUGGCAGAUCGACAGCCGUCAGCUUGUAAGUUGGCCAAGUUAAUGCAGCGACCGCAGCAGCUGGCGCAGUUAUACGGCAGCAGCAGCAACAACAACAAUAACAACAACAACAAUCUUAGUCAGCAUAACAACAACAACAACAGCAGCAGCAGCAAUCGACAGCUGCUUAAAAAGAAUCGCUCAGCAAAUUCAUCGCCAACGCCUUCGGCGCGCAGCUGGAACGACAGCGAAGAGGAGCCGUUCCAGGAUCAGGAUGAACGCAGCAGCUCAGCAAGUUCGGCUAUAAGUUUGACCAUGAAGCGCUGCAGACAAAGCGAGAGCACUUUGUAUCAAACUUUGCAGCAGCAUCAGCAGCAACAGCAACAUCAACAGCAGCUGCAACAUGCCACACGCCAUGACACACAGCAGCAACAAUAUUUGGAUGAACUGCAGCAAUCCGUAUCCGUUUCACAUCAGCAACAGCUGACUGCCAAUUUGUUUAUGGCACGCACCAUCGCCUUGAGUCGCUCGCGCGACUUUCCAGAACUUUUUCAAAACACUUCAGCAGCAGCUGUAGCCGCUGCCGCCGCCGCAGCAGCCACAGCCAGCGCUUCAGCCUCAGCCUUGGCAGCCAGCAGCAGCAACAGCCAAACUGCUGCCGCCAGCAACAACAACAACAACAGCAACAACAAUAAUGGCAGCAGCAGCAGCAGCAACAACUAUAUGCUGCCUUGUCCGCUCUGCGACACGCCGCUGGAGCAGCGCGUCUUUCGCCAGCAUCUGGAUCGUCACUAUCCGCGCGAUAGUCCCGUAUGUCCCGUUAUUGAGUGUGGCCGCCGCUUCGCUCAUCCCAAUUCGGUGCGCAAUCACAUGCGCAUCAAGCACACCAUACAAUGGGCCAAGAUGAAGGCCAUGCGCUCAUCGGGCGGCCCCUUUGCCGGCGGUCCCGAUUUCAAAUUCAAAAGCGAGGCGGCCAACUAGUUGGCAUUGUGAGCGGUACACCCAUGACCGCCUUGCAUGCCACGCCCACACGCCCGCAGAUACUCGCACUAGUACCAAACAUUAUAAUGUAAAAGCUUUCUAGGGUUGCUGCUUACCAAAGUCAAUGGCGACAAUAAUUCUAAAAACCAAAAACUAAAACCAAAAACCAAAAUGAGCAAACUCAAGACAACUCGCAUUCAUUGUAGGUUAGGCCAAGUGACAAAACUUAGCACAAAAUACUUGUAUGCGUCGAUUAGAGUUCUCAAAAGUCUUUUCCAGCGUGUCAUGGGGCAGUACGAAAGUCCAAAUUUGCAGCUUGCUUGAUUUUAAGUUCAAUUUCGCUUUUAGAAAAUCUACAGAAUUUAUA